ACGUAAACGCUUCGUUACUCGGUGGGAACGACCCACGUCCGCCAUUUUGAUUGGUUUGUUGUCCUUCGACACCGAUACAAGUUUGUUUAGAAACUAAUUAAACUAAAUUGUUUUAAUGAAGGAGGUUGUCAAAAUAAGUUUUCGCUCGUUUUCAUAAGAGAAUGAAGGUUUUAAACAUAUUGGGUCUUCUUUGACUGUUCAAUAGCAAUGGUGCUGGUUCUGAUGUUGAUAUCCGGUGUUGUGCGAAAUUCUGUUCCCCUGAAAUAUUCUGUUCCUUCUGUGUCGGGAGCGCGCACUGCAGCCAGAGGCGGAUCCGACUGUCUUAACCGCUUUUCUGAUCGAUUUGUCGGUAAAACGCCGAAACGUAUUCAUGUCAAUGUUGUUACUUAAUUUUUAAUCAACAGCUCCUAGAAAAAAUAAAUAAAUACAAAUUGAACCUGGUCUUGUGAGGUUGUUUUUGCACAGUUUCGUGUUUGUCUUUGCCAACUUGUGACAUGUUCAUUUUAACCUGACGGACAUCAGUCAGCCACCAACACGUCGUGUUUAUUUCUACUUUUUUAUUACUGAUAUAAAACAAUGGAUGCUCACUCUGUUGGCUUCCUGAAUAGAUGAGAGUGUAGCUUAUUUUUCUGGUAAAUCGCGUUCUAAUGUAAAAUAUGACAAAAUACUGGAUUAGACAUUUUACUGCUUUGAUAAUGGUGCUGUCUGAUGUUUUGUUUAAAAUAAUCCACUCUAGUAUUAUUUAAGUACAUAUUAAACAUACUGUCCCUGUCAUCUAUGAGAACAUAUUUCCUCUCUUUUAAAAAGAGUUUAAAAUUUUUAUGGGAACAUCAUAGGAGAACACAGUAUUCCAGCUUGACUCUCACACCUCGUAAUGUUUUGUUGCCCCAUGGGACAGGGAUUAACCAAUCACCUUAUACUUUGGGUGGGUCAUUCCCAGUGAUGUCAGUAACACGUUACUCUAAUAUGAUCACUUUUUCAGUAACGAGUAAUCUAACACAUUUCUAUUUCAAAUCCAGUAAUCAGAUUAAAAUUAUUUAUCCAAAUCACUAUGCGUUACUAUUUUUGUCAUUUUCUCUUGUAAUUUAAUUUUUAUUCCUCUAUGCGUCUCGGGGAGUGACGUCUGGUCUAUGCGACAAUUCAGUCACGUUAUCAUCACCUGUGAUACUACGCCAUCACAGAAACGUAAAUAAUGGAGGGAGGAGAGAGAUACGCAUUUUGUAGCUGGAAAUACAGGAACUAUUUUGAGUUUCUGUCAGCGAAGGAUGACAAUAUCAAUGUUCGUUGUACCCUCUGUGCACCACAUCAAAUCUGAAGAAACAUUUGGAAUCGCAGCAUGGGACAGUCAGACUGACGGAGCAAGUCCCGCCAGGUGCUUCGAAGCAGAGGGAUGCGACGGGCCCUCCACUAACCAAACAACAAAAGCUGGAUUUCAGUGCAAAACCAGCAGGUGGGGAAGAGUUAAAGAAGUUAGUCGGACAUGGUAUGUAGUAGAAGAAAUGCUGCCCUUAAACACGAUUGACUCGCCCUCGUUUCGUGUCAUAAUAAACAGAAUCCCCACUACUGUAAAUGCCGAGCUGCCUCACAGAGGAGCUUUUUCUGCAUAUCUGGAGAAGGAGUAUGCAGAGAUGGAGAGAAAUCUGAAGGCCGCACUGAAUGAGGUCGACUUUGUGUCAACUACCGCAGAUAUAUGGACUGCUAAUGGCAACAAUAGAAGCUAUAUGGGAGUAACACUCCACUGGAUCCAUAGAUCCACAUUAGAGCGCAACACGGCUGCAUUGGCAUGUAGGAGAAUUCGCGGUAGACACACAUAUGAUGUUAUUGUUGCAGAAAUUGAAAACAUUCACUCUUCGUAUGGACUACUCAACAAAGUAGCUGCAACAGUGACUGAUAAUGGAUCCAACUUUGUGAAGGCGUUUAAAGUUUUCCAGCCCGUCACAGAGUCCGAUGGUGAGACGGAGGAGGAAGAGUCCUCCCGCACAGAUGAUUGUCACUUUUUUGGAUAUGUCAGAAAUCCUAGCAGCUGAGAAGGAAGUUGAUGGCCAACUGUGUCUACCCCCGCACCACAGGUGUGCCUCACACACCAUCAACAUCAUUUCCACAAGUGAUGUGGAGAAAUAUUUAACUUCCCAUGCAGAGAGCAAGGCCGUUUAUAGGAGCAGCACAGCAAAAUGCACAGCGCUAUGGACCAAAUCCAGCAGAUCUACCCUUGCAUCAGAAGCAGUGGAGGAAGUCAGCAAAAGAAAGUUCCUGGUACCAACAUCCACAAGGUGGAAUUCAUUUUUUGAUGCUGUAAAGAGAAUUGCAGAAAUUCCCAUGAGUGAGCUGAAUACUCUAUGCACCAAGCUGGGAGUUAAGUGCUUCAUAGACCGAGAGUACCAGUUCCUUCAUGAGUACUGCACCUUCAUGAAGCCCCUCACUGCAGCUCUGGACAUUUUACAGGGUGACUGUCCUUAUGGGACUUUACUACCCACACUUGAAGUUCUGAUGCAGAAGACCCUGGCUGUGAAAGAUUCGCUCUCCAGGAUGACUGCAGGCCUUCCAGAUGCUAUAGUGCAGGCUAUCCAGACUCGUUUUGCUGGUGUGCUGGACGACAAAGAUGCCCUUCUCGCAGCUGUCAGUUGUCCUAAAUUCAAACUUCGAUGGCUAAGAGAUGCAGGUAGGAGGGAGCGAGUGAAAGAGCUUCUGAUAACCGAGUGCCGCACAACUGCUCCUGCACCACAGAGCUGCACUACAACUGCUAGCCAAGGUGAGAUGGACUUUUUCACUUUUGAGGCAGAGCCAGACGACACCUACUCUGCAGAACAGGAAGUCAUGGACUACCUUAGGUCAGCCUAUGACCUUCAAAUUCUGCAUCGAUUUACAAACAUAAAGAAGAUGUUCUCCAACCCCAUCAAGUGCUCCUGUGGAGCGGUUUUUUAGUCUGGGAGGUUUGGUGCUGACACCUGGAAGAAAUAGACUUUCUGACAGGAGGUUUGAAAAGCUUCUGUUAAUGAGAUACAACCACUGGUUUACUCGUCCCACUCCAUUGUUUCACUCAUAAAAUGGGAUUAUAACAUAAGAUUAAGCCAAAGUAACAAAAGCAGACAUGUCAGCCUAUAUGUGGUUAUACACUACUGUAAACUGUUAAAGCCACUCCUUGCUGCUCCAUUGCUGUGAACAGGUUCCAUGUUUAGUUUUGUCAUUACAGUGUUAAUAUUUAAACAUGUCUGGUCAAGAAAGACUGUCUUCAUUAUAUUUUUUUAUUUAAAAAGUAUUUAUGUUCAACGAAGUGAAGAAAAACUAUUUUAUUUUUCAAAAAGUAUUUGUUUAGUGAAGUCAAGAAAGUCACUGUAUUUUGUUUAUGUAAAGCAAGUUUUUUAUGAUACUAAAGUCAAGAAAUACUAUUUAAUGUUUUCUAAAAAAGUAUUUAUGUUUAAUGAAGUCAAGAAAGACUUUUUUUUCCUUUUUAAACAUGUAUUUUUUCCUGAAAUGGUUUUUAAGUUCAGCUUUAUAUGUCGGAAGAUACAUUGUUGAUGUUACCAAUAAAAUGCACUUUAAAAAAAGUAAGUAUUGGCAAAGCUCAUAAUUUUUAUGUUGAGAUGGUGGGGGACUGUUGUCAGCAGCUGCUGAAAGUAACUAAUAAAGUAACUUGUAAUCUAACUUAAUUACUUUCAAAAUCAAGUAAUCAGUGAAGUAACUAAGUUACUUUUUCAAGGAGUAAUCAGUAAUCAGAUUAAAGUAACUAUUUGAAAGUAACUAUGCCAUCACUGGUCAUUCCUCACAUCAUACACAACAAGUCCUGUGAAUGUGGACACAUUUGCUCUUUAUAGGCCUGAGAUACUUUGGAGGAAAAGUGCAGUUAUUGUUUUUAAAUUUCAAAGUUGUUACAGUAUUUUGCUAAUCUUUGGUCUUUUAAUACAUUUGCAGUUUAUUAAUGCAUUUAUUGGUAUAAUCGUGAAGGAUUACAACAUCUAGAAUACAGGUCAGGCUGCUUUUAUUGAUUCAU